AUGAUAAUCUUUGGGGAACAUGAGUUCAGAGAGAUUUCAUUACAAAGGAAACAUCAGGAAGUCAGCAUGCAGAAGAGACCAUUAUCAAAGUGCAGUAAGUGUGGAAAAGUCUUUACUCAGAAAUCAUCUCUUACCCAGCACUAUCAGAUUCACACAGGGGAGAAACCCUAUCUAUGCAGUGAAUGUGGAUCUGGUUUUCGUAAACAGUCAAAUCUUACUCAACAUCUGAGGAUUCAUACAGGAGAGAAACCUUAUCACUGUAAUGUUUGUGAGAAAGCUUUUCAGACAAAAGCCGUCCUUGUCCAGUACCUGAGAAUUUACACUGGAGAGAAAACUUUUAAGGGCAAAGAAUGUGGCAAAGCUUUUUGUCAGAACCCAUCCCUAAUUAAACACUUGCAAAUUCAUACUGGAGAGAAGCCAUACAAAUGCACAGAAUGUGGGAAGGCCUUCAGCCAAAGCAUAUGCCUAACUCGUCAUCAGUGAAGUCACUCUGGAGAUAAACCUUAUAAGUGUAAUGAAUGUGGGAAAACCUUUAAUCAGAGUGCACGUCUUGCACAGCAUCGGAGAAUACACUCUGGAGAGAAGCCCUACACUUGUACUGAAUGUGGCAAAGCCUUCACUCAGAACUCUUCCCUUGUUGAUCAUGAAAAAAGAACUUACACCGGGGAGAAACUUUACAAAUGUAGUGAGUGUGAAAAGACAUUUUGCAAGCAUGCGCACCUUAGUGAACAUUACAGGAUUCCUACUGGAGAAAAACCUUAUGAUUGUGUGGAAUGUGGGAAAUCCUUUAGACACAGUUCAGCACUUCUUCGGCAUCAAAAACGUCAUUCUAGAAGACGGUAUAAGAUAUAACCAGUGCUAUUUCUCCCCCAAGUCUUAGGACUUUAAAAUUCAAUGUUCAGCCAGGAUGAAUCUAUGUUGGGCAAAAGUUAACAUGUCCCAAAGUUGAGAAAACAAUACUUAAGGUGU